AUGGAUAUCGUGCUAGGUGGGGAUGAAUCGUCAAGUUCGAAGCUCAGUGAAGCACCAACAUCUAUACCUACAUCGGCGAUGGCUGUUGAUGAAAUCAGUAAUGAAUCAACAAAAUUAUCCUUGCCAAUUUCUGAUCCUGAAUCGGUUCCUACUGAAGGACUACCAAAAAUUUGUGGCAAAGAAGGUCGAAUGAUUAAGAGUUCGUCAACACGUGUCAUUACAGCUGAUACAACACAUAUGCAUAUUGAACCGAGCCACAUUAUCGAAUAUGAAUGGCCGCCGAAAUCCGGGGAACGUUAUUUUAUCCAAGAACAAAUUGCGGAACUGCUGGAUGUGAAAUCAUUCAAAAGGAAGUACCCUGAAUUGAGUCGGCAUACCAUUGAAAUCAACGAGAGGGAAUAUUUGCUGGCUAAUUAUAAACUUGCUACAGCCAUAAAUGAGCACCAAAUGCAUGGUCUGACAGCCUUAAGAGCAAUUGAAGUUCACGAAUUGAUGGCUUCGGAUUAUCCAGCUGUAUAUUCCGAAUACCAAAGGGCAGCGGCUGAUAAAGUGAAAUUGCAAAUGGCAGAAGAACAAAAGCGACUGGAUGCUAUAAAGCUCGAUACAAAGAAGAUGGAUGAGCUGAGAAAGAGUGCUAUAAGGAGCGCCUUUGAAUUUAAUUCUGAAAUGAACGUAAUUAAACGGACCGAACGACGCUAUUUUUGGGAUUUGCAAACAUCGAUCAUUCAGUCAUCAAAAAAUCGAUGGAAACGGAUGCCUCCAGAAUACACGCGCCCAGGACCCUAUCCUGCUGCGCUUAUUCAUGGCCAAUAUCAGCAUUUCUAUAAAAAGUUUACUUCAAAAGAAUUACGUCGAUUACCAUUGUCUACUGUGCUGGAUUAUGACUAUCUUUUGCCUCCGAAACGACCUGUUUCACCGCUUCCUGUGAUUGUUCACGAGGAAGAGGUAACAGUGACAACAAAUAUUGAAAGUAGUGAUCCUGGACAACAUGAUAACCAGCUCGAGCUACCGCCUCCAGUUUUAUUACCCUCUAAUUACAAUGAUGAUAUCAGAACAAAGCUGGAUAAAGUGGAUUCUCAGAUGUACUGGUCGGAGGAAUCCACUCGUUUUAUCAUCGACAACUGA